AUGUCUCGCGAGACAACCACGAACGAGGGGGAAGAUCCAGCAAGAGAUUUCAACUUUAGAGGAAAUUUAGACAGAUCGCGUAGGAUGGCGGAGGCAAAUCGGCAACGGUACAGCAUCUACAGCGGACUUAUGAGCGGUGCGCAGGUCCCAGCGGGCUACAUCGGACACCUUGCGGGCAUCAGCCUUAUCCCGACCGUAGACGCCCCCACGCGCCUGCAUCCAAGCUCUAGAUUGAAUAUACAUCUUGAAGACGGAGCAGUCGGAGUCAUCGAUGGUUUUCCUCAGAGAGGAAGGGGCGAGCCGCCUGAGUCAGCUCUAGCUGUAGCAUACAACGUUCCAGGAUUCCUCAGCGUGCGAGAGAUGAGAGAAGCAAUGCGACGGGCCGCGUACCAAGGCGAUUCAGACGAUAGCGAGAGUGAAGAAGCAAGUGAAGUAGCGACUGCUGGAGAGACAAAGGACUUCUCCUAUACCUCGCGUCCUAGCGUUGCACCCAGGAAGCUUCAGGCCACACGAGCCCCAACGUCUGCGGACCGCCCGGUUGUUGCUGGUGGUGCAGGUGUUGCAGCCGGUCGUACCGGACAUAGGGCCGCGAGAACGAGUAUCGACUUGGGCAUCAACGAGGGUCUCGGCAACGAGGGGCGCUCCAGAAGGGUCACUCCGUUGGUUUGGGGUGAGAUCCCUGCUCCUACGCGAACGAGGGACCAUCCCGAAGGCGUGCCAACACCUGCUGGUCCGGUGCCAGGCGGGAGACAAGAACCAGGAGGCGCGGUGGGCAAUGCAAAGGCAGAGGGAUCCUCCCGUAUUCCUCACCCAAUGGUUACCCCGAGACCCUAUGCUAGCGGCACUCCCAACCUUACUCUUCCGGACCGCCCGCCUGCGGCGGUAACUGUCAAUGUUGCAGCCCAGUGGGGAAGAGGCCAGCCUACAGACAUAAGCGCUGUCAUGCAGGUGCGGGGCAGCCACCUAUCCAAGCUCGAGCGAGAAGGUGCUAGGACAGCGGAGAUGAGGUUCAGCCGAGCUACCGGUGAUUGCGGGCAGAUCAUCAGAAGGGAUCAGGAGGGCCUGGAGAAGCAUCCUCAGAAUGGCUCACAGAACUUCGGAGAUCGCAACUUUAGCAGUCACACCGUCAGGAAGAGAGACAGGGAGGAGAAUUACGAGGGGCCACGCAACCCUGGUCACGGCUUCAACGACAAGCCUCUGGCUCCAGAGCUGCAAACACAGCCAGAAAAGAGACGUCGGUUUAACAAAGCGGGAACAAGCCCAGAUGUGCCUGCCCCACCCGUAGCAAGCAAUAAAGAAGACGAGAAAGCGACCAAUACAGAGUCGAAUGUUACGCCUUCCAACGAAAGACACUCAAUAACCAACCUUGGCGUCAACGCCAACCCUUUCGGGGGAUCCGCGGCAGCUUUAGGCACGACCGCGAAUAACGCAAGCACGAUCGAGUUUGCGCAGUCAGAGCAACUUCCGUUCGAUCUAAUAGCGGACUAUCCCUUCCAGACCAUCCCUUGGCCUGACAUUUAUCGGCCAUGGGGUGAAUGGCCUCCAAGAGAGACAUCGGUGUCAUCCCACUUCACUUUUGAGUUUGACUACGACAACUGCGCCAGAUUAGAACCCGCCUGGGAUUCCGAUGACGCGUAA